AUGUCUCGUGGUGCUUCCUCACCUCGUGAUCGUUGCGAUCUUCUGCUCUGCGGUGAUUGCAAUGCCCAAUUCCCUAUCGCCCACUUUAGCGUCUUUAUCGAGCACAAGGUGUCUAACUGCGGCGGAAAAUCGACACCAUCAGAGGUAGAUGAACGACCGAGUAGACGACGGAAUUUCAGUCAUGGAAUGGUGUCACGGUGUGUGCGCUCCUCGUCAGCGAACCCGCUUAUGAUUGACUAUCACAUGGGGAAUAUGGAUGUAACAACCGAUACUGACGAUCUCGGUAAGGUUAUAAUUGGAACGUUUUUGAGAUUGAAUAAGGUUACUUAUUCGCGGUGAGG